UUGUAAAUUUUAAUAUUACAAAAAAUAAAAAAAAUGGCUGCAUCGACAUGUAACUUGGAUUCAACAGAAACGGAAACUGCACCAGAACGUCCAAACAAUUUAUUCAAACACAAUGAGAACACAAAUAAAGACAAUGCUAAGCAGCAAUCAAAAUGCAUAACCACAUCCGCCUCUGCAGGAAUUUCACCAAGCACUUCUUCAUCUUCAGUUACAUCGGCAACGUCGCCAACAUCCUUUCUACCAGAGAUGCCACAAUGGAAGAAAGACUUAAUACAACGACGUAAAUCAAAUGUUGCACGUACAACGGCUGCAGCAUCUGCAAUUACUCCAACCGCAAAUUCUCCAACUGCUAUACCAUCAUCAUCAUCAUCCUCAACAUUACAAUCAUCACCAGUUAAAACAACAGCAACAACAACAACUGGGGAAUCACGUUCAGUAAAUGACCAUGCCGCAGGAACUUAUCCAGUGGUGAGAAGUGAAGAAAAUAAUACAACCAAAGCAAAUAAAACUAGUCAACAGUCAAAUGCAGAAGCGCAAAAUACAGCUGAAGAGUUAACAAAUAUGCCGGCUACCAACACAGAUACAACACACAUAUCACCGACUACAAUCGCCAACAGCAAUAGUAGCUGGAGCAGCGACAAUUUAAACAUUAAAUCCACAAUUUCAACACCAACUAAAGAGAAGUCUGAGAAAUUUAUUGGAGGUCAUUACACGCCGCAGGUAAACAAAACUGAUCUAAUAGAUCAAAAUCAGCAACAGCAGCAACAGCAACAACAAUCUGAACCACAAUUGUCUCCAAUAAAAUUGGCAACAGAAAACACAGCACUACCAAUACCAAAGCAGAGAUCAUCAGUGAAUAUGACAUUAAAAAGUCAUACCAAAGAAACAACAGAAGAAACGUCGAAUUCUUUUAAAACUGUAACUCUACAAGAAUAUGCCACCACCAAAGAGAGUGAAGUAUUUCAACAGCAGUUUAAUAGCAACACCACCACGACCACCGCAAAAACAGCACAAAUGUUGAAAAUCAAACAACAACAAGAAGAAAAACAAAUGGACACAACAAUAGAAGAAACAACAACAACGACGACGACAACUCGUUUAACAAGUUCUUCUUCAACGUUGAGAGAGCAAGAAUUCUCAAAAAAUAACGAAGUGCAUAAAGUUGUGGAACUUAACACAAACACAAGUGGAACAUAUUCUGCACAACAACAGCAACAACAGCAGCAACAGCAACAACAACAUUGUGCAGUAAUUCAAUCCACAACGACACCAACUGGAGCAAACACACCGCUACAGCAAAAUUCGUAUCAGUCGAAUUUGAAAUACGAGAGCGAGCGGUCGUGGGUAGGUAAUAGUAGCGCGUCUAUUUUGACGCCAGUUAGUGAAAAGACUACUUCACCAAUUUCAAUACCAGUUGUGUGCGGUAAAAUUUCAAACAAAUUACAAAACAAUCAGUUCAUAAAAAAUCAACAAGCGACGUGCUCAACUGCUUCCGUAAAAUAUUUAAAACAUAAAUCGUACUCUGUGCAAGAAAAUACUGCAAAUAGCGCCUCAUCUGUAACUGGUUCCCCCACCAAGACGUCAGCUAAUACGGCUAAUACUUGUGCAAUCAAAAAGAAAAUGGUUGCCGUGCAAGAAAUGAAAAAACAAAAUGCCAGCCAUCAACAACAGAUUAUUGGUGCAACAGCAUGCACACGAAAUGGUCGCAAUCAAGAAAGCCACGAUGACAAGACUGAGUUCGAUCCUAGCGAGGACUUGAGUUAUGGCCCUGGCAUUGUGUCCAAGCUACGUUGCCGUUAUUUGAGUUUAGCUUUGAGCCAAUCAAAGGAGAAACAAAGACACUGUUUGGAUAACUUACGUAGAGCUACAAGUCUGAAUAAUUUGCUUGAUCGUGAUGAGCCUAAUGAUGAUGAUGAAGAAGAAGAAGAAGAGGAAGAAAUGGAUGUUGAAGAAGAAAAAACAGAUGUUGAGUUUAGAUUGAAUAGAGAUAAGUCAGUAGUACCAGUAGAAGGUGAUGGUAAAAUUAGGUCGGGCAUAUUAAAGCAUACAAAUGAUACAAACAAUCAGGAAACAUUAGUUAAUAAAAAAACUGCAACUUUUCAGCAGUACGGUAGCAAAAAUUAUUCCAAUACGAAGGGAGUUACAUCGCGCAUGUCGCAUUCGCAAAAUGGUAAUAAUGCCACAACGACGGGCGCUUCGGUUACAGAUUCAAAUAAUCGUUCUCGGCAUUUAAAACGCGGUAACGAUUCACUUAAACGUGCGCGUUCGGUAGAAGCUUUACUUUGUGAUAAAACUCCCUGGAAUGUUAUAGUAAAUCGUACUAGUUUGAAUACAAUAGACAACAAGCAAUCCGCACCAACAUGUGUUACGAUUGAGGAUAAGAUUAAUAAUGCACGUGAAAGACUUAUAAUGGGAACUGAUAUAAUGCCGCCAAAACGUUUAACAUCUAUUAUUGAUGAUACAGAACGACCACCACCGGAUUUGGUGAAACAAACCCUUAAAAUGUUUGAAGCAACUGCCAAUAGACGUCCACGUCCAACACGCACUAAUAGCAAAGGCGAAGUCGCGAAUAAAGUGGCAAAUUAUAAAACAAUUAUUAAUGAAAAUAAGCCACCUAUUGUGUAUCCGAAACCGACUAGCCCUACGAAAAAACUGGGCACACAAACUAAAAUAGGUACGAAACCAGUGAUGGCUGCAGAUCUCUUAGGUAGUCCAGUUGGCCGCAAAGCCACAGCUACAGUUACUGGAACAAUAAACACAAGCACACCAGAAAAUCAAAAUGCACUUCAAACGCCAAAAUUCAAAACUGGAAACAACAAUAUGGAACAAAAUAUAACAAGCGUCUUAUCAGACAAUUCACCUGAUAUUAUUCCAAGGCAAAAGCUUUUAAUUGAAAAAAGCGAUAUAACGAAUGUGGUAGAUUCGCCCGUUACUGCUUUAACCAAAAAGCUUGAAAAGCUGUGUAUCGAAGCUGAUAAACAAACAAAACAAAGCAGCAGCGUCACAACAAAGGAAUCCCAAAACAAACAACAGCAGCUACAACACCAACAACAACAAUACCAUCAACAACAACAAUCGCUACAAAGCAAAUUAUUAUUAACAGCCGAACUUAACACAGACGAACACAUCGCUGAGAACAACGACGGCGGCAACAAGUUUGUAGGUGGUGACGCAGCUGCUAUAAUUGACGAUAAGAACGAUCGUACGUCUGCUGGUGUCGCGGAAGACCGCGAAACUGCUCAGACAGGAACUGCUUCGACUAGUAGUGAUCACAGCGACGACGAAUACGGUCUUACAAAGCGUGUUACGAAAACGGCGCUCGAUAAUAUUGCUAAAGCUGGUACGACACAACAAUUUAAAUUUGCUGGUCAAACACUAAAUACAACAACAAAACAUAGUAAUAUAAUAAACGGUAGCGGUAGCGGUAGCGGUAGUGAACAUAUAAAUCCUGAAAUACCGACAUCAGUACUAAAUGCGGGCAAACAAAUCGGUAUAAUACGACCAAUAUUAACCUCAAAUAGUGCCACUGUGGCAGCGUCAACAUUGCCAACAUCAACAAAUAUCAAUAAUCAGCAACAACAUAUGGAAACAUUACGGCAACAUUCCAAUUAUACAACAUCUAUAAACUCAAAUCAACAGUUAACAAGCCGUGAAAUCGAGAAGAAUCGCAUUAAUGAAAUGAAAAAGUGCGCAUCAGUAGAUGCAACACAUGCUGUAAAUGCUUCGACAGCAACUGCAUGUGCCACAACUAGUCUAGAUACCGUGAUAAAUACAAACACUGGCAAAGCAAUGUCCGGCUCAUCCGCGAACGCUUCCGGUUUUAAUGAAUUAGAUUCUGUUAAAUCAACAACGUCGAAUAGUCCACUAUGGCCAUUACGCAAAAAAAGACAACCCGCUGCUCCUGAGAAUACAUCAAUGGUUUUCAAUUUUUCAAAUCGUAAAGAGGUACCAGAUUAUAUAGAAAAUGAGGUGAUCAUUCGCACAAAACGUGAAAUGCCCAAGCCGAAUGAGUCUGGCUUUGUCCUACUUGGUGAUGUCUCAUUAGAAACAUCCACAGAUUGUGAUUAUGAUGAAUUCUCCAUGGGACCACCGUCACCAUGUGACGUGGAGUUUGAGAAUGCCAACAUCGUUAUUGAUGGAAAAUCUAGUAUUCGUAAGAAAUCCAAAGAAUCAAUGCCGAAUGAGUCUGGCUUUGUCCUACUUGGUGAUGUCUCAUUAGAAACAUCCACAGAUUGUGAUUAUGAUGAAUUCUCCAUGGGACCACCGUCACCAUGUGAUGUGGAGUUUGAGAAUGCCAACAUCGUUAUUGAUGGAAAAUCUAGUAUUCGUAAGAAAUCCAAAGAAUCAAUGCAUCAUGUACAAUUCAAUGAUACACUUACCUCCACAUUUGAAUACCCCUCUGAGGCAUCGUUAAUUCUAGAUGAUUCGUAUAAUGAUCAAUGCACUGAUGAUGACUUAAUAAAUCCUUAUGAUAAUCUAUCAUUAGAUCUAUCAUUAGACGAUGUUACCGACUCCCCCGCGUAUCGUCAUCAUCAUGUUGCGGUCGAUGAAAUCAUACCAUUGCCAACACAACAUGUUGCACCUACCAAUGCAGCAGUAAAUACAUCAAACACGCCAACUAAAAAUAUACUGGGUAAUUUGCCACUAGAUUACCCAAAUCUAGCAAUGGGUACAAUGUUACAACUGCCACAACAAGAACAACAGCAAAGCGAACAACAGGAACAACAAGUCGAGUUAGAAGAGAACCGACAACAGUUCAAACAACUACAACAAGUUGAAAAACCUGCACAGCAACCACAACGUCCUACAAAUCUGCCAUUACCUUUUCUAUUGCCGAACACAACUCUACCUAGAGGCACUGAAAUGCUAACAGAUUCUGCCAAUACGAUUUUAAGUCCUACAUCUAAAUAUCAGUCACAAGUAGAUAUUCCAACAGAAGUUCCUAAAACUAAACAAAUUAAACUAGAAACAGAAGAGUCCGUGUUACAACGAGACAACACUACAACGAAUAUAAAUUUUAAAACUAAGCCUACAACAAUAAUGGGACCAACAAAUUUCGAACGUUUAGUACCCAACUAUAAGCCACCGAUAUUACACGAUUUUAAACUGGCAAGUUCACAUAAAGCGCCAUUAAAAAUUUUGCCAAUUGGUAACAAUUCUACAAAUAUUUUCGAAACAACAACAAAUACCGAAAUUAAAACAAAUCGUAAAACUCCUACCGUUUUAAGUAAACCCAAAUACGCAUGUUUCUUAAAAAAUGACUUAGAAGAAUCAAAAUCUUCUUUCGUCACACGUACACGUAGCAAUGAAUUUUGUAAUAACUCCAGUGGCAACAGCAUAAAUACUACAACAUCUGCUACAUUUACUACACCUAAUAAAUUAGUACGAAAUAUCGGUACUACAAAUAUGGUAAAACAGAGAUGUGCCUCAUUCUCUUUCGGUAAUCAAACCAGUUGCCAAGAUACAAAUACAAAGAGUUUAAAAAUCUAUAAAUUACCGUCUAUUGACUCUGCUAUAACUAUUUCUACUAAUACAAAUACUACUAUUUCUACUACUAUUAGCACUACUUCUACUGCCACUAAUGCAACUCUUUCUUCAGCAACUUGCACAAGCAACUCAGCUUUUAAUUCGAAUAAUUCUAAUUAUUCUACUACUUCUACUGCACCUCUAACCAUGUCAAAUGCAUCUUGUACUCUACUGCGUUCGCGAAUUCCCGGAAAUACCCUGUAUUUUGUUUAAAUAUAUAAAUGCUCGGCGCCACUUGGUUUAUACACUCCCAUCAAAGCACCUAUUGAUAAUACGUUUCAAUUAGGCAUAACACGUGCA